AUGGGCUUCGUCCUCGUCGACCCCGCCGGGAAUCUGAAUCUCUCCAGGGUUGGCGGCUACCAGGGCCUCCUGGCGUUCUCUGCCUUGGGGAGGACGGGACUCGGCGAGCCCCGAGCGAAGCUGAUGCUUUCGGUGGGAGGCGGUGGCUCAGACGCACAGCAGUUCAAGAAGACCGUGCGAUCAAGGGACAAAACACGCAGAUUCAUCGAAUCCGCCGUUGGGGUACUUCGGGAUGCACGGCUAGACGGCCUGGACUUGGACUGGGAGUUCCCAAGCGUGUUCGACCGGAGGCAGUUUGCGUCAUUUCUUGAGCCCGGAAGAGCAAACAAUAACGAUGGAAUUGCCAUUGUUAACAAGGUCUCAAAAAGAUAUGAUUUCCCCCGUCAUGACGGUGUUUGUAUACAGGAGGUCUUCAAGGCAUUUCGGGAGUCUCCAUACGGGCCGUUCUUACUGUCCGUGGCCGUUCCCGCUCAAAGCACUCUGGCGAUUGCGUACGACAUACCUACAAUGGCAAGGAACGUGGACUUUGUGAAUCUCAUGACGUAUGACCUCCAUAUUUUCAAGUGGUAUACCCCACUGACCGGUCACAACAGCCCGCUCUUCAGUCGCUCUGACGAGCUGGGCUACUUCGCCACCCUCAACAUGCAGUCGAGCACCGAGCUGUGGACUUCGAUGGGUAUGCCUAAGUCCAAAAUCAUGGUGGGGAUUCCUACCUACGGGCUGUCUUGGGCUCUACUGAACGCCCAGUCUGCCGGCGUGGGAUCCGUGGCAGUUGGUCAAAGCAAAGAGGGCGACGGUUUCGUCUCUUAUCCCAAGGUCUGCGAGUUCCUGAGAGGUGGCGGUACGAGACACUUCGACGAUGAAUCCAUGGUUCCUUUCGCCACCAAUGAUCGGACGUGGAUCAGCUAUGACGACCAAGAAAGCGUCGCCAUUAAGGCAAGAUGGAUUCUGGCUGAGAACUUCUCCGGCACCAUGACCUUCAGCCUGAACUCCGAUGACUGGCAAGGAACCUGCGGUCAUGGGGCAUUCCCUUUACAGAAGUCCAUCCUGGAAGCGACAUGA